GCGUGGCCCCAAGGGAGCGGGCGCGCGCACCAGGAAGCGGGAGAGCGCGAGUCCCGGCAACGAUCGGCGGCUUCCCUGCGCGCUCCGGGCUCCGCCAUGCUCGCCCUCCGCAGCGGCCUGAGGAGGGCGCUGGCCCCGCGGGCUCUGGCGCCUCAGGUAUGUUCACCUUUUGCUACUGGCCCCAGGCAAAGUGAUGGAACAUUUUAUGAAUUCCGCACCUAUUUUCUCAAGCCCUCAAAGACUAACGAGUUCCUGGAAAAUUUUAAAAAAAGUGUCCACCUUCGGACAGCUCACUCUGAAAUGAUUGGAUAUUGGAGUGUAGAAUUUGGAGGCAGAACAAACAAAGUAUUCCAUAUUUGGAAGUAUGAUAAUUUUGCUCAUCGAACUGCAGUCCGCAAAGCUUUGGCCAAUGAUAAGGAAUGGCAAAAAGAAUUCCUCAUCCCAAAUUUGCCUUUCAUUGAGAAACAAGUGAUUGAGAUAACCUACCUGGUACCAUGGUGCAAAUUAGGAACACCUCCCAAGGAAGGAGUCUAUGAACUGGCCACCUUUCAGAUGAAGCCUGGUGGCCCGGCUCUGUGGGGUAAGGCUUUCAAAAGGGCAGUGAAUGCCCACGUUGAUCUUGGCUACUCUACACUGGUUGGUGUUUUCCACACUGAAUACGGAGCCCUCAACAGAGUUCACGUUCUGUGGUGGAAUGAGAGUGCAGACAGUCGUGCAGCUGGGAGACAUAUGUCUCAUGAGGAUCCCAGGGUCGUGGCUGCUGUUCGGGAAAGUGUCAGCUACCUAGAGUCUCAGGAGAACAUGUUCCUGAUUCCAGCGUCAUUUUCACCACUGAAGUAGUUUCCUGCCUAGGAUCGAACAUGAGCAUCUGGUCCCAGAUGUGAGGCGUGUUCCUCCAUUCUCCCCAGAGAACCAUCCUUUUUGUUGUCUGAAGGAGAUGGUGAGUUAGUCCAUUGUGCCCUCUCCAUUUUUAAGGCUGCCUGUGUUAUAUACUAACAGUAGUUCAGGAAAGACUUCUGUUCAUUUUCCCCAUGCCAUUUCAUAUCUACUGGACAUCAGAAAGAGUUGCCAUUACCCCAUGACCGUGGUAAUUCAUUGUUUCACAAUAUCUUGUCUUCUGUGAUUUUUUAUAACUAAUUGCUAUCUUGUAUUCAAAUAAUUAUUUUGAAAUUUUUGAAGUUUUUGCCUGGAAAUAUUUUAAAAUUAUUUGAUUAAUACAAUAUCAUUAUUUUUAUAUCUAUUUUAUCAUAUUCAUUUUUUCUGAAACUUAAAAAAUAUUUUUUACCCAGUAAUGUUUACUUUGUGGCAUCAAAUGCAAUUGAUACAAAUAUUAAAUCUGGUAUUUGUCUUUAUACUUUAAAGAAAAAUGUAAUAUAUCCUUUGUUUUAAUUAUGGUUUCACAUUAAUUAAAAUCAAAGUUGAAAAGUAAUAUAUUCUUGAGACUUGUUGCUAUAUAAUACCAUUUUAGUGUGCUCUUUUUUAAUUGCUUUUUGCUACUUUUAACUUUACCUUGAAUCAGUCACAAAGAUUACAAGACAGUUAUUUAUUUCAACGAGGUCUUUAUAAUUAUGAAAAUCAUUGACCUAUUAAAAGCCUGCACAUCCAUUCUGAUUUUUCAAGUAUGUCUUGGAUAAUUACAUCCUCUUUUCUGGAGCUCUUCCUGUGUUGCACAGGGUAAUGACACCAUAAUAAUGUGGCAGCUUCCUAGUAAGUGUUGUUAGACCGCGGAACAGCACACAGCCUGUCUGAGGUGCCUUCUUUAACACUGCCGUCUCAGCUGUCUGCAGAAUGAGAUGGUGUUCGCGAAGGCAGGUUCUACAGCUUUCACAGACAUCGAAACACUCUUCAGACAGGGUUCAAAGCAUUGGAGCAUUUAUGUGAAAUAGCUGGAGCUCGAUGUCUGCCUCACAGACACACAAACUGACAAGAGAUAAAAUUAAGCCAGUCCCAGAUAACUGUAAGUCUCAGAAAGACAAAUGCCAUGUUCUCUCUCAUAUGUGGUUCCUAGAUUUUCUGUAUAUGUAAAAUCAUGUAUGUGUGUAUGAAAUGAAAAUAAGAACAAAACUGUGUGGUAACAGAGGGGACUAAUGGGAGCAGAGAAGGGGGAAAAGGCAAGAGGAGGAGGAGAACAUAACUCAAUGUACAGUAUGUGCUUCUGUGAAAUUUUCCUUAAGUAACACAAUAUCAUAUAUGGAGAAUGUAUACAAUGAAUGUUGUAGUUGUCAAAUAAACUUUUUAAUUUGAUUAAAAUUUAAAGUAUAUUAUAAAACA